UCCUGGACGGUUGUCCCUGAUUUUACACAUCAUGCCCACUCUGCCUCAUUGUCAGCGGUAGCAGUGAAUAACAGAUAUGUGGUGACAGGGAGCAGAGAUGAGACAAUCCAAAUCUAUGACAUGAAAAAGAAGAUAGAACAUGGGGCACUGCUGCAGCACAAUGGCACAAUAACUUGUUUGGAGUUCUAUGGUACUGCCCAUCUUCUGAGUGGGGCUGAAGAUGGACUAAUUUGUAUCUGGAACACAAAGAGAUGGGAAUGCCUGAAAUCCAUUAAGGCCCAUAAGGGGCACGUGACAUCUCUCUCUAUUCAUCCUUCUGGGAAAUUAGCUUUAUCAGUAGGAACGGAUAAAACAUUAAGAACUUGGAAUCUUGUAGAAGGACGGUCAGCCUUUAUCAAAAACCUGAAGCAAAAUGCCCACAUAAUUAAAUGGUCCCCUGAUGGAGAGAGGUAUGUGACCGUGCUAACAAAUAAAGUGGAUAUCUACAAACUUGACACAGCUUCAAUCACUGGCACUAUCACAACAGAGAAGAGAAUUUCUUCACUUAGAUUUAUUACAGAUUCUAUCCUUGCCAUAGCUGGAGAUGAUGAAAUUAUAAGGUUCUACAGCUGUGACUCUCAAAAAUGCCUGUGUGAAUUUAAAGCUCAUGAAAACAGAAUAAAAGAUAUCUAUAGUUUUGAAAGAGAAGGACAACAUGUUAUUGUUACUGCAUCCAGUGAUGGUUACAUUAAAAUGUGGAAUUUGGAUCUUAAUAAGAUUAAAGAUGUGCCGUCUUUACUGUGUGAAGUCAAUACCAAAGCUAGACUGACAUGUCUUGCAGUAUGGCUUGACCGAGCUUCUGAAACUAAUGAAAAUUCUGAUAAAGCUGCAACAUCAUCUCAAGCAAAUGAAGAUGACAAAUCAUCAAUAGUCAGGAAAAGAAAAGUUUGUUGGACUGAUAAAAGUGAUAAAACAGCGAACGGAAAGAGAAAAAUUACUCCAGAGAAGCAAAAAUUGGAAUCUCCACUGCAAAAGAAGAAAAAGAAACAGAACAGCUCAGCAUGAAGGCAGCUACUUUCUCUCCUGACUAAAAAGUAAAUGGUGGUGUUGCUGUAGUUUUUGUAAGGAUGUAAACCUCUGACAGGACAUAUACCUCUGAACAGAGCUAUUGGUUAAAAGUAAUUAAUGGUUUUACUCUAAUAAAUUGACUGAUCCUUCUGGGAA